AGAGGGGCUGAACGGCAAGCUUGGACGGCAAGCUGAUUCCCUUUGUUAACUGGAGGGUGCUCUGCUCUCUGUGUUCCUAAACUUCUUGCAUUGACACAGUACUUCGAGAAUAAGGACUAAUGGAGUUGGAAUCCAUAGAGCUAUGUCCUUAUGAUCCAAACCACAGGAUACCUGCCAGCAGGUUACAGUACCAUCUGGCAUCAUGCAAAAAGAAAAAUCCAAAGAUAGCUAAAAAGAUGGCUAACUGCAAAUAUAAUGCUUGUCAUGUGGUCCCAAUCAAAAGGCUCAAGGAACAUGAGGCCAACUGUAUCAACAGGACUGCAGUGGAUGAUGAGCCACUUAACCUUCAAAAGAUUACUCACCCAGUUUUUGAAGAAAAUGAAAACUUCUCCAGUGCUGGGAGUCAAUUUCCUGACCCUGAUGUCUGGAACGUGGAUCAUGCGCAUCAUUUUCCUUCAUUUGUUCUUGAGACUUUUGCUCCAAAGAAGCUAGUUUGUGAGAGUGACUCGAGAGACCUACAAGAGGCUAUGGCUGAUAAGCAUCCUAACAGCUUCAAGUCUUGGGGAAGAGGGCAGAAAAACUGAUGGAGACAUUGCCAAUUAAAAUGCCCACAGACAAAUAGAAGUCAUUUUUUAACCCUAGCAAGAUCUCAACUUUUAAUAAAUUUGUGAUUGUCAUCUUAACAUGCUUUUAUUUAAAUAAAGAAUAUUUUCCUUUGACAAA